AUGGGUCCUAGUCGCGAUGGCGAGGCCGACGACCCCAACCUGAACUAUCCAUCGCCGGGAGCCGAGACCAUGGACACGGGCCCUUUUUAUAAUACCAACGGCCGAGAAGACACGCAAGAGCCCCACGAACAUACGGAGCAACAUGUUGAAGACCACAUGCCCGGCACGGACGAUCACAGCCAUCUUCAUACGGAGGAGGAUUCGCAACAUGUGUCGCGCCCCGACAACCUGGAAGAGCUGCAGCUCGCAGCACAGCUGGGCCAAGGCCUAGCUGGUGCUGGCCUCUUGCCAACGACCGAUCCGAACAUGGGUGUCGAUGAGACGGGCAUGCGUAGCAUUAUGCCCCAUCCUGAACCGGACCACCGCACCCCCAGCUACGUGCACGAUACCCCUACCUCGGACCACAUGGUCCAGCACAGCAUACAGGUGCCCGUCGGUCCGCCCCUUGGCCAGUACAACAUGGGAGAUGGAGUCCCACCGAGAAAACGAUCCAAAGUGUCGCGUGCUUGCGACGAGUGUAGACGGAAAAAGAUAAAAUGCGACGCGCAGUCUGACACUGGCGAGGCUCCGUGCUCUAGCUGCGCGCGGUCUGCAAUUCGUUGUCUUUUCAGUCGCGUACCGCAAAAGCGAGGUCCUAGCAAAGGGUACAUUAAAGAACUUGCCGACCGAAUCAACAGCAUCGAGAGCAAGCUCGAAUCUGAUGGCGGCGUGUCUCAAGACGAAAUCGACAAGCUCUUUAGCUCUGAGCGUCACCGGGGUACAAAUGGCACUACCUCUGUGGAUGAUGCCAGCCGCAAGCGCCCGUACUCGAGCAUUUCGAAUGAAUUCAGCACACCCGCCCCCAAUCGCCAAGCACCCUGGGGAUCUGAGCCUCGAUCAUUGCCGCCCGACUCGGCGCAUUCAAACACGUACUACCACAACUCAAGCCUGGCACCGCAGCCCUCUGCUGUGAAUGAUACGCCCUCAAAGCCCGCGCACGAGGAGGUGGAUGAUCUACCCAUGGAGGAUGGCGAGUACGUACCCAACAUUGAUGAGGGCGUACUCAACGACUUCCUCAACUCUGUCCAGCCUCUGUACCCCAUCCUUGCAACAACCAAGACGCGUCAGCAAGCGCUUCUGGCGCAGUGCCCACUGUCCGUCCGGACGGCGUUUGAGAUUGCCCUGCUCGCCGUCGGGCAGAGCACAGCGGGCGACGUCCAGCAGGCCAACGCACUGCUGCACGACUGGGAGAGUAGUGAGGCGCCGCGCACACGCGCGACGGACAUUGUGCACGCGCAGACGCUGUUGCUGCUCAUCAUCGACGCUGACUGGCGUUCCGUGUCGACGCUGCCGUUCCUGCUGUCGCGCGCCGUCGGGCUGGCGAAUAGCAUGAAGCUCUGGAAGCUGCCGGCCGUGGAUCCUGCAGCCGAGACGGACUCUAAUGAGGCGCUUUGCACGCGCAUCUGGUGGUCGCUCAUCGGCAUGGAUCGGUGGUACGCGGCGGGCACGGGCAAGCCAGCGCAGAUCCCUGACAAUAGCGUCGUGGCUCCCGCCGGGCUGGAAGCAGUUGUUGGUGAAACCUGCUUCUACUUCACCCGUCUCUCCAAGCUUCUCAACCGGAUAUCCUUUGUCAUCUCUCACCUCCCCACCGGGGUCGCCACCGCCGACCCGCCGAUGGCGGCCAUCCUGGGCGACUAUAUCGAAAACUACCGCGAGGACCUCCCCGCACACAUGGACGCCGGCGCGUUUCCGCUGAUCCACCUCGCCUACUGGCACUGCAAGCUGCUCGUCACGCUCAUCACACCGGGCUCGACAACGUCGGAGGCGCUGUGGCCGACCAAAGAGGUGACGCAGCUGCUCCUGGCGACGCCGCACCUGCGCAGCCCUCUCGUAAACCACUACGUUUCGCUGGCCACCAUGUCCAUCACGACGCUGUCCCGGUCGGAGCGCGCGCGCGACGAGGCGCUGGCGCUGGCGCGCGACGUCGUCGAUGGCGGCACCCCUCAGCACUGGGCCGGCGUGCGCGACCGCCUCUCCGAAGUGCUGCGCCCUCCGACGUCGUCGUCGGCAUCGGCCGCGGCGGCCAGCCAGGGCCUGCAGCACCUCGCGGACCUGGCGACCGCGCACGAGGGGAUCGCCCCUGCAGAAGGCGACGCGGCAGUUGCGGCGGCGGCGGCUGCUGUAGCAGCAGCGGCGGCGACUGCAUCUCUCGCCACGGGAUACCUCGAAGUCGCGUGA